UGUUGCUGCUGCUGCUGCUGCUGCUGCUGCUGCUGCAUCCUGAUCUCCAGGUUGCCGAGUCGGUCGCUUUGCUCUUUUAGGAGUACCGACAUUUGCAGCAGUAGCUGGACUGGGUUGAGGGGGGGAGGUGGGCCUCCCAGCCCGGCUGGCGCGGCUCCGCCCGCGUUCUGGUCGCCUCCUGCUGCCGGGGGCGCGUUGUUGUUUCCCGCCGCCGCCUGUUGGUUUCCCACCGCCGCUGCUGGCUGGUCUCCCGCUGCUCCUGCCUGUCCGCCACCGUGGGGAGCUGCCGCUGCUGCUGCUCCUCCGCCGCCGCUGCUCUGUUGUUGGUUAGCUGCGGGCGGUGGUCCGGGCGGCGGUGGUGGCGGUGGAGGUGGCGCUGGCUGCGCUGGUUGCGGCUGCUGGGGGGGACCCUGACCCUGCUGCUGCGGGUUGUUGCCGUUGUUCAUCACUCCGGCCUGUCUAGGACAGGAUCAAAAUUCGAUCAAGUCCCAAACGAAAACUCUUUUCUCUCGCUGCUGCUUUGCUGCACUGCCUUUGCGGGCGAUGCAACGUUUUUCCCUUCGAGAGAUCUUUAUCAACCUCCGGCUCAACCUCCCGGAGUGCGUCGCUCUCAUCGCGACUCAGGACACCGGCCGGAAGAUGCUCGGGCACCGACAGGUGGAGGGGACCUUUCCGGAUGGCACCAAGCUUGUCACCAUCCACGUCCCCAUCUGCAAGGAGGACGGUGACCUCGCACUCGCCCUCCAGGGAUCAUUCUUGCCAGUACCGGACCUCUCCGUCUUCGGAGAUUCCGAAGGGGAGACCAUUAGCCUGGGCGAGGUGCUCACUCCAGAAGGCGAGCAGCUCGAGAUUAACAAGGGCAGGCCCACGCUCUCCCUCAGCGUCACGAACAUGGGCGAUCGUCCCAUUCAGGUCGGGUCGCACUUCCACUUCGUGGAGACGAACAAGGAGCUGCGCUUCGACCGCCGCCGCGCCUACGGCAAACGCCUCCACGUCCUCGCCGGCACGGCCGUCCGGUUCGAGCCUGGAGACACGAAGACCGUCACCCUUGUGGACAUCGCUGGGAAUCGCGUCAUCAGGGGGGGCAACGGUAAAAAAGCUGUCUUGUUCUUGUGGGUUUUGUUUCAAGACCAGAGGGUCGAAUCAUACCGAUACCUAAUGUUUGGUAUCGAUUUAGAGGUGCGGGUGGAGUCGGACUACACCGUGUACGGUGAUGAGUGCAAGUUCGGGGGCGGCAAGGUGCUGAGGGAGGGGAUGGGGCAGGCCACCGGCGUGGGGGCCGCGGAAGCCCUGGAGACCGUCAUCACCAACGCUCUCGUACUGGACUACACAGGCAUCUUCAAGGCAGACGUGGGCAUGAAGGGUGGGCUCAUCUCCGGCCUGGGCAAGGCCGGCAACCCCGACGUCAUGGAGGGAGUUACCCCCGGCAUGACAGUUGGGGUGAACACCGAGGUUAUUGCCGGAGAAGGCUUGAUCAUUACCGCCGGAGGGAUGGACGCCCACGUUCACUUCAUCUGCCCUCAGAUCUGCGACGAGGUGGGUGUCCCGAUGUUAUCGUUGCUGUUAGUGCUGGCGGACAUUCGUAGCGCGUGGUGA